AGCUGACAGUGACGCAUCCACCCAUCAGCUGUUUUUGUUUUGCUGUGUGAAUAUUGGAAGUUAAUAACAUAAUAAUAACAACAGAGUCGACUGACUAAAGUGAAGCGGCUCAUUCCGGAGGUCUUUUCGUUUAUCUCCCGCCCAGUUCGAGUCUGGGGGUUUCCCACUCGCCGUGUGAUGCCCGCCAGCGGAGCCAGCCUGCCCGGACGUUCCUCUCCCUGAAGAGUGCGAGCGUGGCGCUUGGAGUCGGGGAGCAGAGGAGGGGAAGCGGGUUCCGGCGGGGAUCGACCCGAGCCAAAGGCCUCCGACCUCGGCCGGCCAGAGCAGAGGGAAUUCGGCGGCUCGGAUGGAGUCCCAGGACGCAUCGGAGGAGCCCGGAGUCCACCGAGGCUUCAUCUGUGCCUCGUUUAACCAGGACACCACUUCUCUGUCAGUGGGCACCAAGACCGGCUACCGGCUCUUCUCAGUCACAGCUGUGGACAAACUGGACUGCAUCCAUGAAGGAGUGGAGUGUCCCGACGUCUACAUAGUGGAGCGACUGUUCUCCAGCAGUCUGGUGGUGGUGGUCAGUCUGUCCAUGCCUCGGCGGAUGAACGUCUACCACUUCAAGAAGGGCACAGAGAUUUGUAACUACAGCUACUCCAACAACAUCCUCUCAGUCAGACUCAACAGACAGCGACUUGUGGUUUGCCUGGAGGAGUCCAUCUACAUCCACAAUAUCAAAGACAUGAAACUACUCAAGACCCUGCUCAACACACCCACCAACCCCUCAGGUCUCUGUGCGCUCUCUGUCAACCACACUAACUCCUACCUGGCGUACCCUGGCAGCGCCACCAUCGGAGAGAUCACGGUCUACGACGCUAACAGCCUGAGCACUGUGACACUGAUCCAGGCCCACGACAGUCCGCUGGCAGCCCUCACGUUCAAUUCUUCUGGCUCUAAACUGGCCAGUGCGUCAGAGAAGGGUACCGUCAUCAGAGUGUUCAGCGUCCCAGAAGGACAGAGGCUGUUUGAAUUUCGGCGAGGGAUGAAAAGAUAUGUUAGCAUCAGUUCAUUGUCCUUCAGUGCAGAUGCACAGUUCCUGUGUGCCUCCAGUAACACAGAGACAGUCCAUAUCUUUAAACUGGAGCAACACAGUCCCAGUCGAGAGGAAGAGUCUCCAACAUGGUCGGCAUAUGUGGGUAAAAUGUUCACAGCAGCCAGCACCUACCUGCCUGCCCAGGUGUCCGACAUGAUGCAUCAGGACCGAGCCUUCGCCACCGUACGACUCAACAUGUUUGGCUUGAAGAACAUAUGUGCCCUGGCGACGAUUCAGAAACUUCCUCGUCUGCUCGUGGCGUCCUCGGAUGGGUAUCUUUACAUCUAUAAUGUGGAUCCACAAGAUGGAGGCGAGUGUGUCCUUGUCCAAAAACACAGACUCUUCGACUUCAGCGAGGAGCAGGUGGAGCAGAAGGAGGAAGAGAACCCAGAGGAUGUCCCUCCACAACCAGCCAGCCAAUCAUACGCUGCCACUGUGGCUCUCCCUUCAACCCCGCCCUCCUCCACCACUCUCAUGGGCUACUCUGAAGACGGCGGAGCCCAGAAGGGGGAAGUCAUCCCUGAACAUGAGUUUGCUGAAGGCCCAGUGUGUCUGGAUGACGAGAACGAGUUUCCUCCAGUUGGCAACCAGAGUAACUGACCAAACCCAGCAACUCUCCUCCUCCCCAUGAACCCCUACACAAAAAUCAGACUUGCUUGUUAUCAAGCAGGGAGGAAAAUCUUCCUGAUGUGUUCCCCUGCUGACCUCCAGUCAAAUCUUGCAAGAAUAUUACUUCCUGGUGUCUCUUUAUUCUGCGUCCCUCUCACUCUUUGUAGGGAAUAUAGAAAAAACAAACAUUAAAACAGAGUGGAAGGUCCUCUCAUUGUACAAAAAAACCAAACAAAAAACACGUACAAAACAUUUGCUCUUUGCUUAGACAGAUUCUGUCUGAAGAGUCCUACUGUUAACUCCCAUAUGAUGCCAUUAACAACAGUGUUAAACAUGUUAAAAUAACCACUGUACAGCAAGACAUUUACAUUAUAGUUGAGCAUACAGUGUGUGUUGUUGUUGGACAGUACAUAUGUCUGUAUACUGUAUAUGUCCCAACAGAUUAUGAUCAUGGUAGCAAUGAAAUGACUGAUAAUAAGGAGAGAAGACAAGUCGGGCCUGCUGCUGAUGUAGAGUAACCAGGGGUCAGAUUCACAAGAAUGCUGUUGAGAUGCGUCAAACUCAACCUGAGCAGCUUCUCAACAAACCAACGUGACAUGUUAAGAUCGAUCAUUCACGUAUUUCUGUCCAUCAGGCCCCAGGAAUUCUUCUUAUCAAUGGGCAUUAAAUGCGUCAUACCUCAAGCGAGAGAAGCGGCGGUUCGCUCGAGAAGGAAAACAUAUUGUGUGAUACACUAUUUAAAUCACGAUACGUGCUGCAAGUAUCAUAUGACUUGCAGAUGCAGCUGUGAGGCUAAUUAUGGUAGCAAUAGAUGAGACUAAGAAACCUGCAGAGUCACAAAUGUAACCUGAUAGUAUGUUUGGAAGCUCUGUGGGAGGAGCAGUCAGCAGCUAAAUGUGAAAAGCCUGACUAAGUUACAGGUCCUUGACUUUCACCCUGAAGACCUUUUUAUUUACUACAUGAUGCUGAAUAUGUUAACAUGUAAGUCAUUCUUAUUUUUACAUUGAUGUAUGCAAAACAUUUGAAGUAUUACACAUCAACACAUAGACUUACCAUGCGUAAAUAUAUAUGGAAGAUUUUUACUGUGUGUAUAAUGUAUAUAUAACAUUUCUAUAUAGUACUGUUGUAAUAAGUAACAUAGUAAUGCCAUGUGAUUUGCCAAAAGGUGGCGCUGUUAGGACACCCUUAAGCUGCAUUGAGCUGUUCAAUUACUGGACAUUGACACCAGAGACUCAUUAAACCUGAGAAGUGACUCAA